CCUCCAGCUGUUAACAACUGUGCGCCGCAUGGUCCUUACUCUCACCCAACAAAAUGAUGAAAGCAAGGAGUUUGUCCGCUUUUUCCACAGACAGCUGGGAGGCAUCCUGCAGGAUUCUCUCAAUAAAUUUGUUGGUCGUACUCUGAAGGACUGCGGAGAGGACCUGUUGGUGGAGAUCUCAGAGAUCCUCUUCAAUGAACUGGCCUUCUUUAAGCUUAUGCAGGAUUUGGACAAACAGCAGCAGCAUCGCUUUGGCAGCCAAACAUAAAAAUAAGAAAAGGGAUGAGCAAUCCAGUAAAGCAAAGCACAGUCUCAAGGAAAACACUAAAGAUGGUGGUGAUAAAUCAGUUUCUCCAGCCUACUCAGAUGAGGAUAAGGACCAAGAUGAAGCAGAACAGGAAGGAGAUUCUACGCUCAAGGAGCUUUACCUGCAGACAGAGGUGAAGAACAACAGGAGCAGUGAAGCUUCAGAGGUUGAAGAGGAAGAUGAGGAUGAAGGGGUUGGACAGGGGAUUUCCUCUGUCUUUCCAGCAGAGACUCAGGCCCUGACAAACUACGGCAGUGGUGAGGAUGAGAACGAGGAGGAGGAAAUUGAGGAGUUUGAGGCCGGACCUGUCGAUGUCCAAACCUCCUUGCAGGCCUCUGCUGAUGGACAGGUGGAGCAGGAGGGGACAACAGCCAGUGAAACCCAGGAGACAAAAACUGAGCAGAGGAGUUCAGAGAAUGAUGAUGAAAUCAACAAACCAGUUGAGACUAUGAAUCCCAAAGCAGAUGAACAUACUGUAGCGGCUUGCCAGAGUCCUGAGGAGGAGAGUAAAGUCGAGGAAGCUAUUGCUUCAGAGGAAAACACUGCAGUCUCUCACAGUCAGGAUGUCCCUAAGGAGCCAACCACUACUAGCAGCCCUGACACAGACUCACCUGUCAUGAUCAAUGUAGAUGAGGUGGGGUCAGGUAACACUAGUCAGAAGUCUGAUGAGGAGGACUUUGUUAAGGUGGAUGACUUACCAUUGCAGCUCACAGUCAUGUGUGAGGAGGAGCUUCAGAAGAGAAUAGUGGAGGAGCAGCAGAAUAACAACCUGUCUGUAGAGAUCCUCAAUGGAAACACUGAAUCACUGACUGGGCUGGUGGGAAAUGCACAGGCACUGAAGGAACCAGACACUGUUGCUGCCCAGAGUGUGUAAAGAAUUAUUCUGAGGUCUCAAAAUCUACUGUUUUUAUCAACCCUUUGCUUUCACCCUAAAUCUGUUCUGGAUUUAUGAUUGUUGAUUCUUAAUCUGCUAGUUUAAAAAGGAGCAACGCCUCAUAAUAUUGGACACAAAUUACUUGACACACAUACACUCACACAUACAUAGACAACAGAUAAAACUAAACCACACACUCAAGACUUAGUUCAUUUUAUUCCUGAAUGUUUAAUGUGAUUUAUUGGUAAUCUGGGGUGGGGUUAUCUCAUGCUGCUGAUUUCUGACAGUUAAGCCUCUGUUUGAAUCUUUAUAGUACUGAAACUCGUGUUCAGAUCUGCCUUAGUCUCCUCCUUGGUUCUGGGAUCAGUUUGACAUGAGUUGUGAUUUCUUUUUUUUUUUUUUAUGUUUUAUUUGUCUUGGCCUUGCCUUACUGUUGUACAGCUCAUCUUUUCUGCACUUGAUUCCCAAUUAUACAGAGAUUACAGUAGGAUGUAAGUUCAGCUGUAGCCUGGCUGACUUCAGCUAAUUGUGUCUCCAGCUUGAACACUAUUUCCUUUAUAUCAGAGCUCAGAGUUCAGACUUAACUUUUAUCCCUUCAGACACAUCUUUAUAUGCGGUUUUGUUCUGUUAAUAGUUAGUCUCCAUUGAUUUUCAUGUAAUUAAAAUGUUGACUACAGUCAUAAGUUUUAAUUAAUAAAAUGCUGGAACUUUCAAAAAUAA